GUGAGUGAGUCAGAUCAAGCAUGAACCUGCAUUGAAUUCAACUUGCAAGCCAUCUACAUAACAUUAUUUUUGCUUGAUUUCAUUAUACUAUUUUGAGCAUAGAGUGAUACCCCGGGCUUUUUUUUCUGAGCCUAUCUUACUAUGGUCACGAACACGACAGCGGCAACACCGGUUUGCACGCGGUGCAAAGAGCAAGAGGGAGUAUUAGACUUGCGAUCUGAUUUAGUAUGUCGGACAUGUUUCGCCACAUUCGUCGCGAGCAAGACCAUCAAGCGGCUCGAGGUGCUUCAGCGUGAGACACGAGGCACAAAACUGACAUCACGCCCUCAGCGCUACCUCCUAGCGUUAUCACGCGGGCCGUCAUCGACGGCGCUAUUGCAUAUCUUGGAUGAGAAUGUCCGCAGACAGCGUGAGAAGAGUGGGCGCGUUAAGUUUGAGCUGGUAGUAGUCUUCGUAGAUAUCGACGUCGACGUCAAGCAGCCAGAGGAAAGGAAGACGACGACGAGCCAGCCGCCAGGAUCAGAUGCCACAUCGCCAACGCCCACAAACGGAACCGCGACGCGCGCAUGCGCAGGGACUGCACGACCAUCUUCGGAGAGCGCAGACACAUUUGCAGCGCACUUCCCCGAACUUACCAUUCACACCGUGCUGCUCUCCAGCAUCCUGUCAUCACCAGCAAUAGACUGGUCUCUCCUCCCGUCACAAAACACAUCCCUGGCCCCCUCACAGCGCCUUGCAGAUUUCUUCGCUCGCCUUCCCUCAGCCAGCGCCCGUGCAGACGUCUCGCGCCUGCUCAUACGGCAUGCGCUAUACGCCGCGGCCUUAGCGCACGAGUGCGCGGUGAUUCUUCUAGGGUACACGACGACGGCGCUAGCAGAACUCACGCUCUCCGAGGCAGCCAAAGGCCGCGGCUUCGGGAUCCCAUGGUUCGUGAACGACGGCGCCUUUCCCUUGCCGAGGGCUGUAGAUCUCGAUCAAGCAGUCUCCAGCAUAGCAGACGUCUCGAGAGGCCUUGCGUACACAGGACUCGCCGAUGACGAAAUUGCCAGCGCCGGUCAUCCCCCUACCAGCAUCCACAUCUACAGUCCCCUACGCGAGAUCUUCAGGAAAGAGGUCCUGACGUAUCUCUCCAUCGUCAGCUCCCCAUCCGGUCCGCUAGCAGCGCUCUUCCCCUCCUUAUCAACGCCUCAGAAUCAAGGCGCCGACGAGCGCAGUGGCGGAGCCGUAGUCUCGCACCGUGAUCUGAGUCUAGACGACGUGGUGACGCGAUUUUUCACGGACGCGGAGGCAUCGUAUCCGAGUGUCGUGGCGAACGUGGUGCGCACGACGGGCAAGCUGAACCGGCUGACGCCCGUCCUCACUACCCAACAGACUGACGCAGGUGCACAGGUCGCAGGGCGACAGUGUAGGCUGUGUGGGGUCGGACUAGAUCCACUGGGCGACGAGCGGUGGAAAGGGGAGAUUGGCGAAGUGGAUGUGAUUGCCUCGAAUAUUGUGUCGGAUGCUGACGGGUCUGUCAGGGCGGAGAGAAGGGGGAGGUUAUGCUAUGGUUGCGAGAGAUCUGUAAGGGGGUAGAUAAUAGACAUAUUGUUUAUGAUGCCAGAAAAAGAGAAUGAGAGAUGACCGCAAAUGAUGCAUGAUUAUGGAUGUAGCUCUAAUCUCCAGUAAUGGUCAAGGAGAAGUGAAGGCCAUGAACUCUUAACACUCUACUCGCAUUAUUUUUGUCUACUAUAUACAAGAAUAUCUAUAUUUCUG